AUGGCACGGAUGGGAGACAAGCUUGUCCUUGUCUUGUGUGGCCUCUUCCUACUUGCUACUGUCACCCGCGCCGUGCCUGUGCGCGACCGUCGCUUUCUCUCAAUCAGCAUUGACUUGAGUGUCCCUUUGGAUAUUCUAUUUCCCGGUGAUCCCACAACAACGACGACGACGACGACGACGACGACGACGACAACAACAACAACAGCAGCAACAACAACAACGGCAGCAACAACGGCACUUCCCUCCACGACCAGCACCAGUGAUACCUCCCCUGUUGUGGACCCUCCCACCACCACCACCACCACCACCACCACAACGACAACGACAACAACGACAACGACAACAACGACAACGACAACGACAGCUCCUCCGAGCUUUUCAUGUUGGUACAACAUCACCUGGGAUCGAUUCAUUGGCACCGGCAUUGAGCUGAGCAUCCUCAAGCAAGUCGUGGCCGAUCGGACCUUAUUUCAGAUUGGAACCAGCCUCAAUGUCUCUUUUUCUUGGCUGAUGAUUCAGUCGUUUGAUAUUGUGCCCAUCACGGCCACGACUGGCGUUUCCUACCCCCGCCUGGUGACCAACUUUGACAACCAAACAAUUCGUGACCUCUUCCAAGCUUACAUCGAUGCCUCAGGUGAAAUCAGCGUCGUCCUUGGCGAUACUUUGACCAUCCCCGCGGGGUCCAUGGAAACUCUGCCUUCCUCUGCCAAUCCCACCACGCAAGGGCCCAACACUUCCGACCCAGGCAACGAUGUCCCCACUGCUGAUUCGCUUGCCAGCUGGCUUCUCACCAUCGUCGUGGUGGCUGCUGCCGUUGUUCUUCUCUUCGGCGUUGGCUGGGCCGUCAAGAGUCAUAGCUCCACGAGCUCCAAAAGUAACCCGCACUUGUCCGAAGGUGGUCUUACCCCCUUGCACAUGGCGGUCAUUCAACAUGAUCCCACGAGCUUGCAGGCCCUCUUUGGUGCUUCCCAACAAAGCGUCGACUUGGUCCCUGACAUCCCCAUGGCCAACCUCUCCUCUUCUUGGGACCAAGGAACCCGUUCCUCCAUCUCCUCCCUCCAAUAUCCAUACUCAGCCGCCACUCACACCACCAGUUUGGACAGCUACACCAGCGAAGCGGCGAUGGCGCCUCAUGGCAUGCCAGCUACAAUCCUCACACCAGCACAACGACUGCAACUUGAUCAACGCGAUGGUGCUGGUUGGACGGCUUUAGCCUGGGCUGUCCAGGCUCGCAACGGCGAGCUCAUGCACCAACUGCUCUCCCUGGGAGCCGAUCCAAACAUUCCCAACAAGGAUCAGCAGUCACCUCUGCAUCUGGCCGUGCUUGUGAACGCUGAUCGGCGCAUUAUAGAAAUGCUGGUAGCCGCAGGUGCCAAUAUCGACGCCAUGGACGCCGAGACGGACCCUACGAGCAUCAACACCCAGGAUGCCAAGGGCUGGUCGCUGCUGCAUUGGGCCCUGGCCAUGGGCUGCAACGAAUGUGUUCGCCUCUUGUGCCGAGUACCGGGUCUCAACACUUUGCUCACAACCAAGAACCGGGACAAUAUAUUCCACUUUGCCGCCAAACAUGGCGACUUGGAGAUCAUCACAGACCUGAUACACUUUUUGCAAACCCCUGAGGCACGAGAUUCAGUCAAGGGCUACACCAUUGAUGUUUCGGAGAUGCUUACCAGCGCCAACUUGGAGGACAGGACACCACGCGACUUGGCAGAAGACAGCGGCAACCCGAAAGCGGCGGCCUGGAUCUCAGGCAUGAUUCUCCAGCUUCGGCACGGUGGAGCCAGCUCGACCAAGCUGUCACCUGCGACGCACUCGUCGGCAUCACCCAUGCUGUCUCCGAUUUCCCAUAGCUCAGCCGUUAUGUCACCCAUGAAUUCGGAUGAGGAUGUAGCUCGACGCCUAGGUUCGCCACCAAACCGACCCUCUGGCUGGGCCCUCGCAGCUCAACCCGCUGCUCAACCCGCUGCUCGUGAGCGCGAGAGAGACAGCUCAGAGUCAGAGGACCCGGCUCGCAUGGAGAAACGCUCAGCACAACAACAGCGCCGUCGUGACCGGCGGCGCGUGUACAUGCGCAAGCGCCGUGCGGACGAGCGUUUGGAACUGGACUCCAUGUCUGCUCAAGUUGAAGCCCUGCGUUCGGCCAAUGCCGACCUGGAAAAGAUUUGCCAGGUUCUUCGCGGCGAGGCCGACAUGCUUCGUCGCCAGAUUCGAAGCUAG